AUGACAGAUCUCAAGUUGAAAAUCAAUGCCAGAAGAUUCUCAUCACCAUAUCGUAGCAUAAACAAUGACUACAAUAUUCAACUAUUUUUACACAAUAUACAUCGUUCAUGCAAUCGAAAAAAUUCCAAUUAAUCUGCAAGUCAUUCGAAACAGAAUGAUUAUUCUUAAGAUAAAAUCAAAAAUUAAUACCAACUCUAAUGUAUAAUAGGAGUAGGAGGAUUUGGCAGAGUAUGGAAAGUCAUACAUAAAUAACAAAUCUAUGCAAUGAAAGAGAUUAACAAAGCAUUAGUACUCUUAAAACAAAGUGUUCCAAGCAUUAUGUGUGAAUUAAAAUUUUUAACUGAAUUGCGUCAUCCAUUCAUAGUCAAUGCAUAUUCGGCUUUUUAAGAUAUGCAAAAUCUUUAUCUCGUCCUUGAUUAUUUGAGUGGAGGAGAUUUAAGAUAUCAUCUAGGAAAACAAAGAAAAUUUUCAGAAUAAUAAACGAGUAUUAUUUUAAUUAAUUUAAAUAGAGUUUUUUGUAGCAUGCAUUAUACUUGCUUUAGAAUAUCUACACAAUUGUAAAAUUAUACAUAGAGAUAUCAAACCUGAGAAUCUCAUCUUUGAUAAUCAUGGUUAUCUAAGAGUCACUGAUUUAGGAGUAGCAAUUAAAAAACAUCCAUAAUUUCCUUAAAAUUUUGAAACUAGCGGUACUCCUGGAUAUAUGUCUCCAGAGGUACUUUUUCAUUAAGAUCAUGGUAUUCCUGCUGAUUAUUUUGCUCUUGGUGUUAUUACUUAUGAAUGUUUAACAGGUAAACGUCCUUAUCAUGGAACUCGAAAAGAAAUUAGAGAUUAAAUGCUUAUUAAACAAAUUUAAAUUUCUCUUAAUGAUUUUUCAGUUGAAGCUAAUGAUUUCAUCAACUAACUUCUUUAACUAUAACCAUCACAUAGAUUAAUACAACCUAAAAAACAUCCUUGGUUUAAAAAUUUCCCUUUUGAUUUACUUGCAUCUAAAAAACUCAAAGCUCCUUUCUUACCAAAUUCUAAAGAUAAUUUUGAUAAAUCAUAGAUUCUUAUAGAAGAUGAAGAGAAUCAUCAAAUUAUCAAAGUUAAUCAACAUUUGAUCAAAGAUAAUCAACAUCUAUUUGAAGAGUAUAGAUAUAAUCUCAUUCAAAAAUCCAGAAGAACCAGUAUUACAAAUAAAUUGUUUUAAUUAUUUUGA